AUGAGUCGUGUGCUGCAGGCAAUCGACAGUAUACAUCAAGUUGGAAUUUAUUGCCUAGCGCUUGUGCCUUCGAAUCAGUUACCGAAGACUCCAUUGGGUGGUAUCCAUGUGUCCGAAACGAGACAACGAUUUAUCGAUGGCAUGUUACAUCCGAGCACACUUUUAAUGUGCCCUCACAGCUGCGUGAUCAAUUUGCCGAAACCGCGGGAGCAGCAGUCUGACGUUGGCCCGGCAGCUAUGUUUGUUGGCAACAUCGUGCAAGGAGUGCGAAUUGCUGCCGCAAAAGGGCGGCAGAUUUGUGCUGAUGAUGAAAAGGUGUUGAGUCUGAUGGAAGUUUUGCGGCAACGUUCACAGACCUCGCCUGAUCAUGUUCUUUUUACGCUGAUGAAUUCACGUGGAGCGGAAGCGGAAAGUAUAACAUGCGCGCAGCUGUUGAAAAGAGCGGAACGGAUCGGUUCUAUGCUUAUGGAAAAGGGUCGACUGAAUCCCGGCGAGCACGUUGCUUUGAUUUUCCCGCCGGGCAUCGAUUUGAUUGCUGCGUUUUACGGAUGUCAAGCAGCAGGUAAGCAGCAGUCAGGCUGA